UAGAACGUCAUCUGAAAUACUGGCAGCAAGAAAAAGAAAUGUCGUACAUCAGUGUUGCGGUUGUUAUCCUGAUGUUAAGUUGGGUUUCCAGUGAUCUGAUACCAGGUGAUAUGAACAGUAAAUGGCGACCUAACAAUGUACUUAUGAGUAACAUCGAUAAUUACUACAGGAUGUUAGCUCUUAAAACUUCUGAUGUCGACAAUCGUCGGAAGCGUUUCGUAUCCGUUAUAUCUCAAGCCUACAUGUACUAUGUAGCAAGUGACGAGAUGGAUAGAGUCAAAAGAGUACAAGAAUCGGUUGCUAAAACUAAACAAGAUCUGAACAAGCCAACUGACGCUAUCGCGGGACAAGCAAGAGCAUAUUUGAUUAUUCUUAAAACACCUAUUGAUCAGCCAAUAAACGACAUUAAAGCGAGCUGCCCACCAAAAGCUAAACAAAAGGAUUGCUUAGAGGCACUCAAGAAAUAUCACAAAGCAAAUAGAGCUAGUUGCAAAGAAUACGAUAGAAAUCUACGUCUAUAUGACAAAUACAUAGAAUAUGUCACAGAUCCGGAAUUCACUGAUUUCGUAACGGAUAUAUUUGCUGUAUCAGAUAAUGGAGAUAAAGCUGCAUUAGCUUAUUUUACAUAUGUUAUGUUAAUUGAAUAUCCAGAAGCGGUAGAAAAAGGAAGAGAAGCGUACAAAAUGAGGGCAAAUACAACAUUUCCUUGCAACGUAUACAAUCUUCCAUUGUUUUAAAUUACUGAUGAUUUA